AUGAGCGACGACUCCGCAAGAGACCAUACCUUCGAUGGGAACAUCCCAUUUUCCUAUCCCGCUGGCAACGAUUAUGAUAUCAGCAACAACUAUGAUCUCGGUGGCCCUUACUGGCACGGCCUUCCUACGGUACAGCCUACCACAUACCCUGCAGCGCACUCAAACACAACCACAGUCGCUGCCAAUGUUACCAACAGCACCAUCCAGGCCUUCGUUCCCACCUGGGUCAAUUCUUGGUCCCUCGACGCCGCGGAGCAGCUGCAUAACGAACUGAAAAGACAUGUCCGGAGAUCUGCAUUUGGCAAUCCAACUGGACAGAAAAAUGGUCACGGAGGAAGACGGUCUCAGCCAGCGACAGCACGAUCUAGUGGUCAGACAGAUUUGGCAUUCCCCUUCAGAUGCCGGCGUUGCAGACAGGGGUUCAAACAGAAGAGCACAUGUACGCGCCACGAAAAUACGCACGACGCACCAAAAUGGUUCUGCCGGUAUUGCAAAAUGGGAUUCAACAGAUCAGACCCGUGCAAGCGCCACGAAGCGGUGCAUGAAACACCGGGAUGGCCUUGCCCUGUCAAAUGCCGUGAGCCAUUCAAUCGCCGGGAUUUACUUAUCGAUCAUUGCAAGAAACACCUUGGCCGGAGGACGACCGUACUCGUGGAGCAAUACACAUGGGAUGCAUUCAGAUCGCACAUCUACCAUCUCUACUCGCCCGAGACCGCCGAUGAUCUGGCUCAGGUACUACAGUCUUGGACGUCCCGUUUCUGA